CAGCUUCACUUUUCUUUGUUUACUUACGCUCAGUCGACGACGUCAGCCUGGCUCUGGUUGUGCAGUGCAGUGCUUUGACUUUUGGUUUCGUGAGCGCGCACCGUGCCCAGCUGCUGGCGCGCGCAUCAGCUCCAACACACAGUGAGCAGAGAGAGAGAGAGAGAGAGAUCAUCUACAACGUCUCCCGCUGUCACUGUACCGGAUAAAGUUUUCGUUCAAGUCCUGCACAGGGUGAUCAUGGGAAACAGGUUUGGCAGAAAGCGAGACGCUGAGGCUGACAGUGGAGAAAAUGCAGCUGCUGGCACAACAGCGACUGAGGCGGCUGGAGAGCCAGAGAAGUUACAUGUGGUUCUGGAAGAACCAGUGACACCAGUGGCACGUUUACCUGAUGAAGCAUGUACAUCAGAGUGCAAAGCAGCCGAGGCUGCUGCUGCCUCAGCUUCACCCGGUGAUGCUGAAACGGAGGCGGUGAAGAUGGAAACUGAAGCUCCGGUUCAACCUCAGCUUCUGGCCUCAAACACUGAAUCUCCACACACAGAACCAGUUCCAGAACCAAAGUCUGUUGCUGAAGCUCAGCUUGAAACAGACCCAGAACCUGUAUCUCAACCAGGACCUCCCUCAAAUCACGAUGCAGAAGUUGAAACUAAGCUGGUCUCUGAGUCAUUACCUGUCCCAACUGAGUCUAUGGAGCAGCAAACACUUACUCAAGAGUCUUUACCUAAGCUAGAUUUUCGUUCACUACCUGUCGAUGACCUAGAUAUCUCUGAACCAAAGCCUGUACCUGAAGCUCAGAUCAACCUAGAACCACCCUCAGAAUCUGCCCCUCAACCAGGACAAACUGUUCCAGAACCAAAGCCUGCAGCUGAAGCUCAGCCCAACCUAGAACCAACCCCUGAACCUGCUCCUCAACCAGAACAGCCUGUUCCAGAACUAAAGCCUGUAGUUGAAGCUCAACCUAACCUAGAACCAGCCCUAGAACAACCUGUUCCAGAACCAAAGCCCAUAGCUGAAGCUCAGCUUGACACAGAGCCAGUCCCACAAUCUGUUCCUCAAACAGAACCUGUUCCAGAGCCAAAGCCCAUAGCUGAAGUUCAGCUUGACCCAGAAUCAGUCCCAGAAUCUGUUCCUCAAACAGAACCUGUUCCAGAGCCAAAGCCCAUAGCUGAAGCUCAGCUUGACACAGAACCAGUCCCAGAAUCUGUUCCUCAAACAGAACAACCUGCUCCAGAACCUAAGCCUGUAGCUGAAACUCAACUUGAUCUAGAAACAGCACCAGGACCUUCCUCAAAUCAAGUGGCAAAUGUUGAAAUUGAAACUAAGCUGGUCUCUGAGUCAUUACCUGUCCCAGUUGAGUCUAUGGAGCAGCAAACGUUUAAACAAGAGUCUUUACUUGAGCUAGACAUUUGUUCGUUACCUGUCCUUGACCUGGAGGUCCUGGAUGUCACUUGCCAGUGUGUAGACACUGUUUCCUCCCCAGUUCCCAGCUCUGAGCCAGUCAGUGCAGACGAGCCCUCAGAUGUCGCAGUGACAGAGGAAUGCCAGAACAGCGCUGAGGCUGCUGCUGAGCGUGAAUGUGGCAAAUCUGUGGGAACAUCAGAACCACCAGUAAAACCGAAAGCGGAGGAAGCAGCAGAGAAUCUCGAGCAGCUUGUGAAUACUGCCAUUGAGGAAAGUGUUAGUGAACUCCUGCAGAACUUAGGGCUGAAAGAAAGUGAUGUCCAGCUCCCAGAUGACGCUCCCAUCACAGACGUGAGCAUGUCUACUGAGCUGAUGUGAAUCCACUGAAAAGUCAUGUAAGAAGUGAAUACAGGUUUCCCACAUAUUUAGGUCAAUGUCUUCCGCUGUUAACCAAGGUGUGGGAACCCUGUCAAUGUUUUCUUUUAUUUUUUUCCACUUGUGUGACCUGUUAAAAGCAAACUGCUGUGGACCAAAUGGGGCUGAUGUCUUCUCUUCACCAAAAAUUGGUACCUUCGAGUCUUUUGAUCAGGACAGGGUGUACAAGCUUAUUUACAUUUAUUGAUUUAUUGAUAGACAACAGAGCUAUUCCUCUUGCAAAUGCCCUAAAUGAGAAUUAAAGUGUAUUUCUGUAAGGGACCAUUGCUAUAUCAAAGUUUGAUAGCGAAAAUACUGAACAUGAGUUUUUUGUAAAUUAAUUCAAAACAACAGGCGAGGGACAAAAGCAAUGCAACCAUAUGUUUGGUCUUGGCAAUAUGUGGUGUGAUAAUUAUAUUGUAAUGGGGUUUGAA